CCUCCAUCUGACAUCUCAAAGGGAGCACACGUACCGCAGGGCGAAUCGGUUGCAGGCGCAGACCAUCGUGAACAACCUCCUCAGGCCGCAGAAGAGAACGCGCCUAGUAGAAAGAAGCGUGCCAUCACCGAGCCCUAAAUCAUCCCACUUGCAAGGCCUUUCGCAGGGUCAGUAGAGAGCGGGUCAAAGCCAUGCUACCGCUAACGCUGCUGAAUGCAGCGCAGUGCAAACCGAUGCUCGUUGAGCUUAAGAAUGGCGAAACCUUCAAUGGCCACUUGAUCGCGUGCGACAACUUCAUGAACCUCACAUUACGAGAGGUCUACCAAACAAGCGCCGAUGGAGAGCGGUUCUGGAAGCUUCCGGAAUGCUACAUCCGCGGCUCAACGAUCAAGUACUGCCGGAUCGCUGAUUCAGUCAUCGACACCGUCAAGGAACAGGAGGAAGCGGCGCGCAAGCAAAGACAAGCGCAAGGCUAUGGGCAUGGGCACGGCCGCGGUGGACAGGGGCGAGGCUCUGGUCCGGGACGAGGUGGACCUGGAGGUAGGGGUGGAGGACCACCAGGUCGAGGCGUGAGUGGCGCAGGACGAGCACCAAGAGGCAGGGGGCGAGCAUAAUAUGUCGAGGGUACAUGCUUUGGUUUCAUGUAAGAUAGGAGGCGUACUACAGUCGACCCCAACGUUAGUCA